AGCAACCAGAGGCUGACCGGAACAGAUGAGGAUGGACUUCGCCGCGGUUAAGUGGGUGCUUGGGGUUGCGGGGUUCCUUCUGUGGAGCCGCAGUAGCUGUGCAGCUCCAAUGCAGUGUCACUUCAACUCCAAAGCGCUGUGUGUGUUUGAGGGGCGACACUACUCACUGGGGGACACCUGGAUGGACUCCUGUCUGCAGUGCACGUGUCUUCACCCCGUUGGCGUGGGAUGCUGCGAGACGGUUCAUCGGCCGGUGGAUUUCCCUGCCUGGUGCAAAGUGCAGGUGGAGCCCGUCAGCUGCAGGGUGUCGCUGGUCCAGACGGCUGACCCUCGCCUACCCUGCAUCCCCGGGGAGGACAAGAAGGACCCCAGCCACGGAUCACUCCAGCUGCAGCAGGAGCUGGAGUAG